GCGCCGCCGAAGAAGAAGCGCCGCCGCGGCGCCGCGAACAAGAAGAUGUCGGCGAGCGCCCGCGCAGACGCCCUCGCGGCGCUGGAGGCCGCGUGCCGCCGCGUGCCGCGGCGACCGACGCCGUCGGCCGCCGCGGUGCCGACGACGGCUCUUCUCAUUCUGCCCGAGUGGCUGACGCCGAUAAUGACGGGCGAAAAGACGGUAGAGCUGCGAGCGAUUAGCUCGCUGAAACGUGGUGUACGCAUCGGAUUCUGCGGGUCGGGGACGGGGCGGUGCUGGGGUGAGGCUACGUUCUUGCACUGUGAAGGCCCGCUCGACGACGCGCGCCUCGCGGCGCUCCAGGACGCGCACGGCGUGAGGGCGCCGGAGGGUGCGGUCGAUGCCGGCGCGGCCAUCCGGACCGCGCUCAACUGGAACAAGGUCGUCGUCGGCGUGGGAAACUUUCGCCGCGACGCCGUCACCGCGACACUCGCAGGUCUACGCGUGGCACCUGACGGCGGCGGCGCCCUACGAAAAGCCGCUCGACUACGUCCAUCCGUCGGGCGCCAUCACCUGGGUCGACCUGCCGGCCGCCGUCGCCGCCGCCACGGCGCCGGGCGUCGCGACCGACGCCUGGCCGUGCCCGCAGUGCACGCUCCUGAACGCGCCGGCCGCGGCGGCCUGCAGCGCGUGCGACACGAGCCGGCCGCGCGCGACCGACGCCGCCGCUCCGGAAGGCUACGACGUCGACUCGGACAGCAGCGGGCCGCCGCGGCCGCGCGCCGCAGCGCCGGUCGUCGGCGAUCGCGUGCUCAGACUGGACGACGUAGAAGGCGUCGUGAGGGCGCGGGGCCGCCCUGGCUGGUUUAUGGUAGACCUGGACGGUUAUGAUAGCGCCAUAGAGUUCGAGGCGAGCGAGUUGCGCGUUCUCUCGCCGGCCGACGCGAGCGACGACAGCGACGACGAUCGGAAUGCGCCGCGGGCCGCGGGCCGCUUCGACGAGUUCGCGUUCCGCGAGGCCAGCGCGCCGCCCCGUUCGCCGCGCCCCGAGGCCGUCCCCGAGAGCGUCGGCGAGAUGCGCUCCCUAAUCUCGAGCGCGGGCCUGUCGAGCGCCGACUGCGUCGAGAAGUCGGAGCUGCGGGCCCGGAGCGUGCUCGCGCUCGAGCGCCUCGCCGAGGCGAAGCGGCUCCGCGAUGCGCGUAACGAGUAAUGUACAUUACGGUCGGGCUAAAAAUAAUGCGAGCGAUCGAA